UUUGAUGACUGAUAUGAAAUCGUUUUUCAUUGUUAUAAGAAUAUUGCUGCAGUCAAUGUUUCAGCAAGGUGUCCUUUGUUUUGCUGCAUUGUCCCGUUCUGAUCAUCUGCAAUAAGCAGGUGAAACAGAAGUGUAAAGAUGUUGAUGCGGUCUGUGAGGAUUUAUUUUUUAUCAUCUGCAUUUGGUUUGAGCAUCAAAAGCAGAUCGUUGCAGUCUGCACCGCACGCUCUGCAUCUUGAGGAGCCACCAUCAAAGCAAUCAGGAUGAAGGGAGCAAGUGUGUUCAUUCAAUGGAUUGUCCGUUUCCUUCAUCGGUGCAGCAGGUUUUUGUUCUGCCGGAUGGUGCAGGAAGGCCCCACCAGAACCAAGCGGACUGUUUAAGUGAUGCUGACAGCUGUAGUUCUACUCCUGUGGGCGUUAUUUCAACUGUUGAGGCUGUCGUCCCUUGGUGUUUCUGGGUGUGACUGAAGGCUGUGCAGUGACCAACUUAAGUUGAUGCUUCUGCUGCUGCUGCUCUAGAACCUGGUGGAACGUCAGAAUCCGGACACUGAAACUUACAAACAUGGACCGGAUUUGGAAGUGGGUUUCAGGUUUUGGAGCCGUGCUAUUACUCCUGAGUCAUGUGACUUCAGGACUUGAAGUGCCUCUAGAUCCUAAAGUACUGGAAGGAUUGCCUCAACCCCCUACCAUAACACAGCAGUCCCCAAAAGAUUACAUCUUUGAUCCACGGGAGAACAUCGUCAUCCGAUGUGAGGCCAAAGGGAAACCUCAUCCCAGUUUUUCGUGGACGAGAAACGGGAGCCACUUUGACGUGGAGGAAGACCCUAAAGUUCUGAUGAGCCCCGGUUCAGGAACUCUGACCAUUGACAUCAGUGGGGAAAAGGCUGAAGCCUAUGAGGGGAUGUACCAGUGCAGAGCUCAGAAUCAGCACGGCACGGCUCUCUCCAAUAAAAUUUUCAUCAGGCAGUCCAGGUCCCCCUUAUGGUCAAAGGAGGUAAAUGAGCCCAUCAUGGUGCAAACGGGGAUCUCCCUUGUGCUUCACUGCCGACCGCCUACUGGGCUGCCUCCUCCUGUCAUCUUCUGGAUGGAUAACAAUUUUCAGAAGCUGCCACUGGACAGGCGAGUGUCCCAGGCCCUGAAUGGAGAUUUGUAUUUUUCCAAUGUUCUCCCAGAAGACACCAGAAGUGAUUAUAUUUGCUAUGCCCGGUUCCCUCACACUCAGACUAUCCAGCAGAAACAGCCCAUUUCAGUCACUGUGAUGAACAGCAGCCCAGAAGGGGACCGUCGGCCAGGUUUUAUGUUACCUCUUGGUUCCACAAGCACCAAGAUGGUUCUAAGGGGACAAACUUUGGCAUUGGAGUGCAUUGCUGAGGGAUUGCCUACUCCAAGUAUUUCCUGGCAUAAGAUUGGAGGAGAGCUGCAAAGUGGCAGGACGGUUUUCUACAACUUCAAUAAAACAUUGAUGAUUUCUAAUGUAAAUGAAGGGGAUGCUGGCGACUAUCGCUGUACGGCCACCAACAAGCUGGGUUCUGUACACCACAUCAUUAAAGUGACUGUCAAAGCGGCUCCUUUCUGGGUCAGUGCCCCCAGGAACCUGAUUCUGGCUCCGAAUGAGACGGACAGCCUCACCUGUCGCGUUGAUGGAGACCCUAAACCAAAUAUUAGCUGGUUUGUGAAUGGAAUUCCCAUAGAGAAUGACCCAAAGGACCACAGUCGCAAAGUGGAAGAUGACACUGUGAUUCUGAGCAAUGUGCAAACCGGGACUAGCGCCGUCUAUCAAUGCAACGCAUCCAAUGAGUAUGGCUACUUGUUGGCAAAUGCUUUUGUCAGCGUUCUGGCUCAACGACCAAGGGUGCUUACUCCACCCAACCAAGUGUACCGGGUCAUCACCAACAACCCAGCUUUACUCGACUGCUCCUCCUUUGGCUCUCCCAUACCAACCAUCACAUGGUUUAAAGAUUUCCAGGUCAGUGUUAGGAAUGCUGACCCAUAUGUAAUCCAUGAGAAUGGUUCCCUGGAAAUCAACAUGGCCCAGCCGCUACAUAGUGGAAACUACACCUGCAUCGCCACGAACAACCUGGGGAGGGAAGAAAACCACGUCUCCCUGGAGGUCAAAGAGCCGACUCGUAUCCUGAAGCAACCAGAGUACAGAAUGGUACAGAGAGGAAUGAGCGUUGUGUUCGAGUGUCAGGUCAAACACGACAGUACCCUCACUCCUACCAUGACCUGGCUGAAAGACAGUGUAGAGCUGCCUCCUGAUGAGAGGUUUGUGGUGAGCAAGGAGAGUCUGAUCAUCAAUGAUGUGAUAGAUGAUGAUAAGGGCACUUACACAUGCAUCGCUAACACCAUUCUGGAUCAGGACUCAGCCAGCGCCACGCUGACUGUUGUAGAGGCAACUCCUACCCCAGCAAUUGUUUACGAGGUACCCGACCCUCCGACUGACCUGGAGCUUACCGACCAAACAGACAGGAGCAUUCAGCUCACCUGGACCCCUGGAGAUGAACAUAACAGUCCCGUACAGAGCUUCUUGAUCCAAUAUGAGGAUUUGCUCCACCAGCCAGGAGUUUGGGUCAACCUGACAGAAGUUCCUGGUAGCAGCAUUACAGCCCAGCUGCUGCUGUCUCCCUAUGUGUACUACUCUUUCAGAGUGCAGGCACGAAAUCAAGUGGGCUACAGCCAGCCCAGUGAUUCCUCAGCCAAAUACCUAACCAACCCUGCACCCCCGGAUGAAAAUCCAUCCAAUGUUCAAGGAGUAGGAACGAAGCCCGACAACUUGGUGAUCACGUGGACACCACUUACAGGAUUCCAGUCUAAUGGACCGGGUUUGAAGUACAAAGUGCACUGGAGACAGAAGGAUGUAGAAAAAGACUGGUCCUCAGUGAACGUCACUAAUUCUUCUCAUUUCAUUGUGACUGGAACUCAGACAUACGUGCCAUAUGAAAUUAAAGUUCAGGCCUUCAAUGACUACAAUCACGGCCCUGAACCGGAGGUCGUGAUUGGCUACUCAGGAGAAGACGUGCCUUUGUCUGCUCCUGAUGAUGUCCAGGUGAAGGUCCACAACAGCACGCUAGCUGAGGUGCACUGGGAGCCCGUACCUACUCAGUCUGUUCGAGGGAAACUUCAAGGAUACAAGCUGUAUUACCGUCGGGAGCGAGGCCUGCAUGGCACUGAGGAGGAGUUCGAUCAGCAGGAGCAACAUUUAACCUUUAACGGAAACCGUAGUGAGGGAAUGUUGCCAGGCCUCCAACCUUACAGUGUUUACAGCCUCUACAUCAAGGUCCUCAACAGCAAAGGAGAAGGACCACCCAGCCCCAUCUUGACUUUUGAAACACCUGAAGGAGUGCCAGGACCUCCUUCCUUUCUCAGAGUGAUCAACCCGGGUUUGAACUCUCUCACUCUGAACUGGGGUCCACCGGUCAACAACUACGGUCGCCUCACAGGAUACACCCUCAACUUCCAACCAGUCAACACCACUAACGAACUGGGACCACUCAGGAAGUUUAGCUUUAAAGCCAAUGAGACCACGUUCACUCUGAGCAGCCUGAACUCCAGCGUCCUCUACAAGUUUUACCUGAGCGCCACAACUGUCAGGGGCCCAGGCCCCAAUAUCACAGAGGAGGCCUAUACGGCCAUGGAUAUAGCUUUUAUUCAACCCACUGUAGAAACAGACAAAGGCCCCACAGAGCCCCCUCACCAAACUCCCCCCAUCACUCAGUCUCUGCAACCCACGUUUCACAAGGUGCCUCCUGUUGGCCCUGUGUUUGGCACAGUUAAUGCAUCUGCGAUUGAGGGAGGUGCAGUGAUCAGUUGGGAAUACUUUGGACACCAUAAGAAUGUAUUUGUGGAAUAUAAUGUAGAAAACAGUGAGGAGGACUGGAAGAGGGAGUUGGUAAACGGUACACAUUCACAUACAAUUAAAGGCUUAAAGCCGGGGACAACCUAUAGGGUUUGUGUGUUAGCUCGAGACGGAGCUGACCAGACGGUCCACAAGACAAAUGAAGUGUCGGUUACAGUGCCAGCUGUCCCCAACCGGCAGAUCGACAUCGCCACACAGGGAUGGUUUAUUGGACUGAUGUGUGCCAUUGCUCUCCUGAUCCUGGUGCUUCUCAUAGUCUGCUUCAUCAAGAGGAACAAAGGAGGAAAAUAUCCAGUGAAAGAGAAAGAAGAUGCUCACCAAGACCCAGAGAUCCAGCCCAUGAAGGAGGACGAUGGAACAUUUGGGGAGUACAGGUCAAUGGAGAGUGACACAGAGGACCACAAGCCACUGAAGGGCAGCCGGACACCGUCCAAUGGGACGGUGCGCCGUGAUGAGAGUGAUGACAGUUUAGUGGACUACGGGGAGGGCGGGGAUGGACAGUUCAAUGAGGAUGGCUCCUUUAUUGGCCAGUACAGCGGCAAGAAGGAGAAGGACACACACGAAGGCAACGAAAGUUCAGAGGCCCCGUCGCCCGUCAAUGCCAUGAACUCAUUUGUCUAACGAUGGACUGCGGCCUCGCUGCAGCGUUUGCAAUGGCCACCCGACAUCACCCUGGCAGAUGUGACCAUUGCUGUGGUGAUAGUUGCUGAGUUGACACUUGUUGUGGACACCUAAUUUCAUCCUGUGGUGGCUGUCUCGCUGUUGGCCAAGGCUGCUGACAUGCUGUCAUCUCCACACUCGUCAGUUCCAGUCACACUGGGACACUCAACAAUCUCCCCCACAACCAUUAAAGAAUCCAUAAAAAGAGGGUCAAUGGAGAAAAGGAAAGGAAGCAAUAUAGAAUGUACAACCAGGGGUUUCACCACUCGGACUGAGCACGAGUGCGGCCAGUUGUGUGUUAGUGCCAUUUGGUCCCUGGGUAACACUUUGCAAUAAGUGUCCCUUUAUUAAUGUUACUAAGCAUCAUUAAGCAUUAAUAAACUACUAAAAUAUUAACAACUACUUAAUGUUAUUAGGUAAUGUGUUACUAAGCAGACAACCCCCGGUCCUUUGGCCCAACCUCAAGGAAACUUAGUUAACUAAAUACAAAUGUUAUUAAAGAGAUCCUUUGUUUAUUAAUGCUUAAUAAUGCAUAAAGUAGCGUUAAUAAAAGGGCCCUUACAUAAAGUGGUCCCUGAAUAUGAUGCAUUUAGAUAUCUAUAUAUACGUAUAUAUUUUAAUGAAAGUACACUACAUGACCCGCUGGCAGGCUAAUAUGCAUUGAAUCACAUUUACAGCACCUGCAUGGAGUAAAUCAUAAGUCUGUUGAGCAUUUUACAACCUUGUGUCAGUUUUUGCAGAUGUAACUCGCAUCUUUAACUGUAUUUGGUGCACGAGCCAGUGGGUAUGGCUUUUUUUUCCUCCCAGAAAGUGUUAAAUGUAUGGCGUUUGGACAUAAUGAGAAAAAAUGGCAGUAGUGUCCUUGUGGACGUAUAGCUGCAAAAAGGGCGUGACUUAAAAGAGAAGAUAGUUACGUUAUUUUAUGUUAUUUAUUUUUUUAAGACAGAGGGACUGAUUGUACAUGAGUAACAAAAAACAAGAAAGCUAUGUUUCCAGGUGAGGUUUGUUCAUUUGUAAUGCCUGGAAAUGUGGAAAUGAGGGAUCUCAGCAUCACACCAGCCAGCCUGUACUCCAACAUUUAGCCUGUUUGUAGCCUUGUGUUUCCUUAUAUCGCGUCUUUGCAUUAAACCCUUGUUACAGAAAACUAACUGAACCACAAAAAAGGAGUAUGACUGGUCCGAUGCCGCUGUCAAGUGUUUCCAUCAGAUCUCAACAAUGAUAUCACUGCUCUUCUUCUGCUAAAAAGUUGAUAGAAAAUGCUUCUCGUAAAGGUUUACAGAGAGCAUAUGCGGCCAUUUCCAGGUAUUUAUUCACAUGUUGAUGAUUAAGAAGCUGUCAGCGUGGUUUCUAGUGCCUUUGCAGAAAACUGCGACCUAACUACAGUUCCAUGUCUCUCUAAACAGACGGCAACGCAUGACUGCACCACACUGGAACAAACUCCUAACCGUGAACUCGGCUUUAAAAGCUGUGGGAGGAGCCAAAGCUACAUCCAGUACUUCAUGGAAAUUAUCUACAGGGUUCUGCUGAUAAUAAAGUAAUGAAAGUUAGGAUGCUGGUCAUUUUACAAACUACAUCCGCACACUUCAUAGCAAAGGUCACAGCUAACCAGUGAAAAUAAUGUUAUUGGUAACAUUUCCUAAAAAUGGGGACAAAACUGUUCUUUUUAAUGAUAAACUAAAGGUGAAAUAAACAUGAAGUAAACAUAAUAAGAAUAAGCAAAGCAUUGCUUUGUUUCAGAGCAUUAUCAUUAGAAAUGCUUAGUUCAUGAUUAAGUACCAUAAGUUUAUGAUUAACUAUCUACUAGUGUAACUUAUCGCAGCUCAUAAAGUAAAGCAAGUCAUUAUUUAGCAUUUAGUUCAACAAUAACAAACUAUUAGUUUGACAUUAUUUAUGCUAACAUUAAUUCAUCUUAGAUAACACUCGUUCAGCAUCAACAGAUAAUUAUCUCAUUAAUAAUAAAUCGUUAGUUCAUCAUUAACAAAGAUUGUUUUUGUGGCCAUUGUAUAGUUUUACCAAUUAGUUUUGAGUGGUUGAUUCACGAAUGCUCCCAUUCAUACAUCACUGAGAGGUUUGAUGGUUUGUCAUUGAUGAGUCUGAACAUAUACUGGAGAUACUGGGUUGAUGGUUGUACUCCACCACAGCCAUAAAACAUCAGAAUGAAGCGUCGUCUUUUGGAGCGACACUGUUUGUUGAAACUGUUUUUGUAAUGGUCUUAACGCCAUCCUAAACAAGUUUUUGAGUUUGCCCUUUGAUCUGCUUCCAUUCACAUUAGAUUUUCCAUUAAACUGAACCCAUCAGUGUCAAAACACUUUCAUUAUUUUAGCAUUCAGAUUCCUACCUUAAAUCAAAAACACCGAUUUCAAUUCAUUUUCAGCUGCACAAUCUUUUGGUGCCUAGUUGACAAUCAUGAUAUUCAGCUGACAUCAUCUGACGUUACAGUACGCAUCAACACACACCAUCUUGGAAAGUUUAGUUUCAUAGGUGAGGAGAAAACGUUAAGGGAACCCUGAGGUCAUGAGUUCAUUUAACAAACCCACCUCUUCUCCUCUAAACUCGUUCAUCUGAAGAGGAGGCGCUGGUUCAGCAGCGGUAAACUACUGCCAACCCUCUCACCAGGUAACUGCCAGUGGGAACCAGAUUCACCACCUUGCUUAGUCUAAUUACUAAUGGUAGCUAUCAGAAAAGGCCAGAAAUAAUGCUCCAGAAUGUGGAUACCAGUGUAUCUGUUAAUGUGAAUGAAAAUGAAAACAAACUGGUGACUUUGGUUUAAGCAUGUAUCCGUUUGCAGUAUACGUUGUUGCAAUCUGAAUUCAGCAUUCGAGUGAGUUUUCUAUUUUUGCAAAGCUUAGAGCGAAUUCUUGGGUGCACGGGUGUGUGCGGUACGUGCAUGCUACUCUGUAUUGUGUGUGUGUGUGUGACUUUUAUUUACAUGGAAAAACUGUUUUUAUUCCAGUGGGUGUCGAGCAACCUGUAUCUCCUUCAAACACCUGUUUGUUCUUUUAUUAGAGGAUAUUCUCCUUUCCUCUCAUGACUUGCAUCAAGUUUUUAGGUUGCAAUAUGUCAGCAUACCACAUGUUGAUAUAUACUUUUUGUUUAUUGAAAAUAAUGGCUUAACUUGAGUGCAGAGGACAGAGGUGAGAGCCUGACCUCAACCAACCCUGCUGCGUUAUGGAAAAGGGGUGGUCAUUGUGUGAUUUAAAUCUAUUUACAGUUUUCACUCUUUUGUUUGGUGUGAAAUUCACUUUUUAUUUAUUUUAAACCUCUUUAAGUGACUUUACUGAAGCAGCUGUUACAGUUUCAGGUCUCAAAGCUGAUUAUUAAACUUGUGACUCUUGUUUUGUUUCUGACAGUUUAUGCACAUUCUUGGAUUUUUUUUUUCCUGUUUUUACCAAAAGGCGCAACGUCAAGCAGGCUAUGACACUUCAAGGAAAUCCACAAUAACAAAUUUAAGACAAAGUCUGGAUGCUUUCCUAAUUUAGACCUCCAGGAAAUGAUGGCUUUGUGAAUUUUGGGGUAAAAAAGGAGCAACGAUGGACUGGCACGCUGCAGUGGGAACGUGAUGUAGUUGCUGGACAAAGUUUAUGAUGUGAUUAAAUAAAGUUCUGGUCAAUGUUGAAGCUACAUGAGAAGCAUGAAAGGCUGUCAAAUGGUUUCCUCUACAAUAUGAAAUUGCAAAAUAUUUUGUAUUAUAAAUUAAGUUUAAAUAAUUAAACAAAUAAAUGUUGGCUUUAGGAUUUCAA